GUGUCCCAACUCUCAAACCAAAACCAAACCAAAACCGUAUGAAAACAGCAAGAAUUUUUAGUUUUAGUUUUAGUGCCAGAAGAAGAAGAAGGAGAAGAAAGUGAGAGGAAGCAGCUUCUGAUGGAUAGUGGAGACACGCCAUUCUCAUUCCCAAAUAAUACUCCUUUCUUCCUUUCUGUUUCCCUUUAUCAUGUCUUCCCCACGCGCUUUGCUUUGAUUCCUUCGCCGGUUAAAAACUCCUCCUCUCUUCCACCAUUCCUUCUCCUCCAUUCCUUUCCCCUACAACUAGUACCCUCUCUUCUUCCUCUCUCUCCGCCGCCGCCGCCGCCGCUUCGAGAUCCGACGACCUUUUCCACCGCCGCUUCGAGAUCGCCAGUUCAGCCGCCGGCAAAGGGAGGGUACAGGAGUGAGCAAGAAGAAGGAGGAGGAGGAGGAGCAAGAGUGAAUCGGUUCUGUCUGUUCCUUGUGGUGUUUGACUUCUCCGGCCAGAUCUAAGCAGGCCGGCUCUGCUUCUCUUUCUGCGUUUGCUGGGGGUUUAUUAAUCGCCGGCAGACGGAGAGAGAAGGGUCAAUUCGGUUCUGCUCGUUGCGCCAGAUCUGAGCUCGUACGUCGUCGGUCGGAAAGGCGGGUGCUUUCUUUUUUUUGUGUGUGAGGUUCAUCCAUGGCUUCCUCUCCGGCGGCUGCCAACACGGCGUCGGCGUCCUACUGGUGCUACAGCUGCGACCGCUUCGUGCGGGCCGCGGUCCCGGAGGGCGGGUCGGCGGCUGAUGUAUCUUGCCCCGGCUGCGGCGGCGGGUUCCUCGAGGAGAUGGGGGCGCCGCCGCCCGCCCGCUCCUCCUCCGCCGCCGCGACCGCUGCGUACCUCCGCCGCCCGCGCGCGCAUCACGCCAACGACCUGCGACUCCGCCGGAGCCGCCGCGCCGCCGCCGCCGCCGCUGCAGCUGCAGCAGCAGCCGCCGCCUCUGGUGCCGCGGGUGGCGGUGACCGCGCACCGUUCAACCCGGUCAUCGUGCUUCGGCGCUCGUCCCCUGCCGGAGCGGGGGGAGACGAGGACGACGACGGCGGGUCCCUCGCCGCGGCGAGCAGCUUCGAGCUCUUCUACGACGACGGGGCCGGCUCCGGCCUCCGCCCGCUGCCGGAGAGCAUGUCCGACUUCCUCAUGGGCUCCGGCUUCGAGCGGCUCCUCGGCCAGCUGGCCCACAUCGAGGCGGCUGGACUCGCCCGCGCCAGGGAGACCCCGCCGGCGUCCAAGGCCGCCGUCGAAUCCAUGCCCACCGUCACCAUCGCCGCCUCCCACGUCAGCGCCGACUGCCACUGCGCCGUCUGCAAGGAGCCGUUCGAGUUCGGCGCCGAGGCCCGGGAGAUGCCCUGCGCGCACAUCUACCACCCGGACUGCAUCCUCCCCUGGCUGCAGCUCCGCAACUCGUGCCCCGUGUGCCGGCACGAGAUGCCCACAGAUGCCGCGCGGUCGCGGGCGAGCAACGCCGGGACCGAGGAGGAGACUGUCGGGCUGACCAUCUGGAGGCUGCCUGGAGGCGGAUUCGCUGUCGGGAGGUUUGCCGGCGGGAGGAGGCCUGAGGAGAGAGAGCUUCCGGUCGUUUACACGGAGAUGGAUGGUGGUUUCAACAACGGCGGCGCGCCGAGGAGGAUCUCAUGGGGGGCCAGGCAGAGCCAAUCGACUGAGAGGAGCGCCAUUAGACGCUUUUUCGGUAAUGUGUUCGCGUGCUUUGGGCGUGGGCAUUCGUCGAGUUCUCAGGCUUCCUCCUCUCAAAUGAGGCCUGAUGAGCUGAACGAGGCGUCGGAUCAUUCUGCUGCGUUCAGCCAUGGCUCAAGAAGCCGGAGCAUGAGCUGGAGGUUGGAAGACGGGCACGCCGACACGAUGGUGCAAAGAUAGUUCUGAACCGAACCAAAAGAAAGAACAGGUCGUUGAUUGCUUCUGUUUCAUGUUUAUGUAUUUAGAAGAAAAGAAACUCGAGGAUUUGUAGAACAGAAUUGGUGUUGUACAUAGGAGCAGCAUCUUCUAGAGAUUAGUUGCAGGGAAGAUGUCCACUGUGAUUCUAAAUUGAGCAUUUGGCACUUGAGGUGAAUUGUUUUGUUGGUAGCAAAAUGCAGUGUUUGGUCAUCUUUGAUUCAUUUAAUUCAAUGGGGACUGAUGUUUACAAUGUUGAA